CCAGCAGGCGGGCUUGGCCACCAGCACCAGGCGAUCUGCCCGACACCGGCUUGCUUCCCCAUCUGGCCAGCACCGCCAGCUCUCCAAGCAUUGGUCUGCGCAAGCUCCUCGACUCGAACAACACCGACGCCUCGAUACUUGACCAUCACCAGCACCGGCACUAUUCGCACAGAUCCCCCUCCUCCUCUCCCUCCUCCUCCUCCACACCAACAAAUGCCUCCUGCUGCACCCUGGCAGGUCGAGAGCCUCAACGGCGAUGACUCGGUCUCCAAGAAAGAUAUCGCCACCUUCCUGCAAACCCAUGCAACCGCUCAAUUCCUGAAGGAUCGCAAGCUGCACGGCAAGCUCGCCAACGUCACCAAGGCGAGCAAGCGGGAGGAGCUGGUUGCCGCAUACAGCGCCCUGUUUGAGCUCGAGGCCUUCCGCCCGGAUGGACAGCCGCUCGAAGAGGCCCUCGCCGAGAUCACCGAUGCCCCAGCUGUCCCUGAGACGACCAAGACCGAGAAGAAAAAGAUUACCGAAGCCGUCGAGCCUCCCAGGUACACCAAGACGAUCCUCUCCAAAGGCGAUGGCGAGCGGUAUCCGCGAAAGGGCCAGAACGUCGGCUGCUUCUACACUGGCUUUCUGCCGGACGGAUCUGUCUUUGACACUAACAUCCCCAAGGGCAAGAAGAAGCCGGUCCAGCUGAGAUUCAAAGUCGGCAACGGACGAGUCAUUCGCGGAUGGGACGAGGCUCUCAUGACCAUGUCUUGCGGCGAGAAGGCCAGGCUGGUGAUCGAGAGUGACUGGGCCUAUGGCAAGAAGGGAAAUCCGGAGGCCGGCAUUCCUCCCAACACGCCACUGACUUUUGAGGUCGAGCUGGUGAGCAUUGACUGAUCGGCGCAGUCGAAUAGGCUGUCGGGUUUGUCGAAUAGAUCGUCUGUGCAAUCCGCCUCGAUGAUGCAGCGACGCCUCCGCCCGAGUCAGCAAAAGAUGACAGGGGGAGAGGCGAUACCGAGCAAUAGGAAUCGAAUGAGAGGGAUCAUCUCUCGGUCGACAGCGAUGCAGCAGCGGACGAGAGUUGGAUGGAUGCAUCGACACAUCGCGUGCGG